UAAGAUGUAGUCAACAAAGUUGUAUAUGCCCCCUCAAGCGACGGGAUUAUGCGAAUGAAAUUAGCUAGAAUUGUGACUUUUUUUGUAGUGAUCUUGAACGUAAUAGUGCUAUUUUGUAUAUGGAAAUUAUUAUCGACGCUUGACAGAGGACUUUAUGAUUUUAAUCAAAAAACUGAUCUCCCUCCAAAGUCUACCAAUAUAUUUUCAGACGAUAGUAUUGUCACUUUAGUAAUACGAAGAUUCGAAAAUUUUGACAACGAUAUUGUUGGAACUGUUGAAUCGUUUCUACAUCUUUUUCCAAAUCUCAAGGUGGUUGUCAUUAGCGACGUUCUUCCUUAUCCACCCUUCGAUUUCCGGCACUUUAAUCUCUCAUCGAAAGUAAAGUUGCUGGAUUUGGAACUAAGAUUAACUGACAAAUUUGGUGGAAGAAACCCUUUGCUACAAAUUGACACAAAGUAUGUUCUCUUCGCCCCGGAUUCAACGCGCUUCAAAAGUAAGAGGACAUUGUCCAGACUUAUUCAAGAACUUAAAAGUGGUAUCUACAAAGUAUCUGCGGCGUCAUUCUCGUCAAGGAAACCCGCAGAAUGUUUGAAAGUAAGAGUAAAUGUGCGGCAGUGGUAUAUUCACUAUGCACCGUCAACAGACAACGUAUGUGAAGCAGUUACCGGUAAGCACGUAUUGUUGAUCGACAGGCAGUUGCUCGAAAAUCUGCCAGCACCGUUCUUGCUUCCAUUUCCCGAGGCGCUGUACAUCCAGUCUUCUGCCAGGAACGUAAAGGUGAAACUCAUACAUGGAGAGACUGUCACUGAUGGCAAACCACUCUUUAGGAGUCAGCAUUUAUUGCAGAAGGUUGAACAAUUGGAAGCUGCAAGGCGCCAGCAGAUGUUUCGACAGUUUGGUAUAAAACAGGUGAUUCGUGAAACUGGUGUGACGGAGUGGUAUGGAUGUACUCGUGAAACGCCUCGCUGCUUUGGCACAGUUGUCAAUGAUAUGCCAGAAUACUUGUGGCAAGGUCGUUGGACACCCCCCUGCUGCCUGGCCGGCUUACGUCGUACUGCACACCACGUUUUCAAACGUCUUGAACAAGACGGUGUACGUUACUGGUUAGAAGGUGGAACUUUGCUUGGUGCUAUGCGUUCUGGUGAUAUAUUGCCAUGGGAUUAUGAUGUUGACAUUGGAGUGUUGCGUGAUGACUUGCACCUUAGUCCAUGGCUAUCAGGUGCACGUUUGCAGCCAGUUAUUGAUGAAGAUGGCUUUGUGUGGGAGAAAGCACGUGAAGGAGACUUCUUCAGAGUACAGUAUAGCCCUGUCAAUCAUUUGCAUGUAGAUAUCUUCCCUUUCUACUCAAAAAAUGGAACGAUGACGAAAGAUACUUGGUUUCCCACUCACAGGCAAGACAGAGAAUUCCCUGAACAUUUCUUGAAGCCACUUUCGACAAUUGAAUUUAUUGGGCGUAAGGUGUCUGCCCCAAAUAACAUAAGGGAUUUUCUAGAAUUAAAAUUUGGGAAAGGAGCUGUGGAAAACCCGGAAUACCCUGAUCCAAAGCGGCUAAAGUUUUCACUUAAUGAAGAACAAAAUUACUUAACAGUUCCAGAAAACUGACUGAAAGCUCCUAUUCAUUUCCAGAUUAUAUGUUCUGUAUUAAUAAUUAGAACAAUGUGUCCUACAUUUUGCACAAAGCUGGAAAAGCUCAUACUUAAAGUAAAAGGACUAUGCUCUUUGCUGAAAGUGUGUUGCAGUGUCUUUGUUCCAGUAUGAAACAAACUGUGAUAAAUAUCUUGCAGUAUUACUUUUUCUCUUCACUUAGGAGAAGGGAGGUGAAUGUUUGUUAUAUGUAUAUUUAAUAAUGUUAGCUACUAUGUAUGUAACAAGUUAACAAGUACCCUUUCCAUCAGUAUUAAUUCUUUGAAUUUUUAAAUGUCGAUAAUUAAGUAGCUGCUAAAACUAUACAUCAUAUUACCUUAUACAAUUCCCUUACUCAAGCUAUUUGAAUUUAUAUUUUGUUAUGAGAGAAAUUCACUAAAGUGAAUAAAAUUAAAUUAUUUUGUGAAAGCUACAUGGGACAAAACUUCAGAUAUUUUAAUUUUUGUAGAAUUCCAUACUCUAGUUCCUCCAUUGGUUUGGAUCUAGAAUGAAAGAGGUCUUUUUUUAAUCUGUAGUUUUACUUUCAAAUGUUGAUGCAGUGGGUUGGGUCAUCUAUUUUUUGAAACUUUUGCUCCUAACCACCCCCCAACCCUUAGCUCCUCUCUCAGUUUAAUCUUCACUGCUUUGUAAUUUACUAUUUUUAUAGCACAUAGAAUUGACAUGUGGUGCUCAUUUCUAAGUUUCAAGGAUCCAGUAGUUUCAACUUUUUUGCUCAGUUUUUCUCUGAACUUAAUCUCUGCAAAAUUUUUGCAUAUGUUUAAAAAAAGGGCAAGUCACAUCAUUGUUUUGAUCUUAAAUUAAAUUUGAGAUCACUCCAUACCUGCCUGGGCGAGUCGGCUCAUAAAUUAGAGGAAAGUAGGCAUUUUGUUUAUAUACUGGCAACUGUACAUGGGCAUCUACUAAAAUGGAUUGACUGUAUAGGAACAUAUGUAUUAUUUACAUGUUUUCACAUUAGCACUGAUGCCCACAAAGUACGAUGACCACAGAUUACAGUCUUACAUGUUGGUUCCUUAUUGAUCCUUGAAAGUUACCCACAUUAACAUUUGUGAAAAUGUAAUUGUAUAUAGUAAAUCACUAUCAGUCGUGUUCCAUACACACUUAAACACUGAAAAGAGAAUAGUGGUUUUUGUUAAAGAUGUGAAACUCCGUAUUUUAUGAGGAAUGUUAUCUCCUACUGAAGUUUGUUGCACCUUUUUACUCCUCUAGAAUUAAGAUGUCAGAUUCCAUUACUUUUGUUUUCUUUCUUUUGCUUUUGUGUGUGAUGAUAGUUGAUAGUUAGAAUCUGUUUUAAAACACUUAUAAUUCCCAUUGUAUGCACAAUACAGGCAAGUUACACAUUUCGAAGAAGAAGAAUUAACUCCUCAAGAAGUAAUUUGUCACUUUGUUAUUUUGCAAACUGCUCAUAUUUUAAGUUCAGGCCUGUCUUGAAGAUUUGAUUGCCAGUUGCCCCCACUGAGAUAUUUUAUAAUUUUUGACUGAACGGUAGUAGGCGAGGUAGGUACAUCAGUGCAUUACAUUCAUUGUACAAACGUUUGUCGCUGCAUCGUCUGUAUGUGGAUGACUGGCAAGCUCCUGUGGAGGCCCUUUCACCCGCAUAUGGGUGACACUCUCCUUUUUCAAGUUACAGUUUUUGCAGUUGGAAUUUUCAAAGGAAUGUAAUGGAGUAAGCACUGAAAUGUAACUAUAGGAUAUACAACAUAAAUAUACAAACAAUAUACCUACUCAUAAUACUAUACGUUUUGUUCAUUUAUAUUUAGGAUAACAUAUUACAUUAUAGUAUGUUGUACGGUGUUCAUUAAAACAUGCUAAACAGAUUUGAGGUGAUUUUGGACUAUUGUAAUAAUAGUUUUUUUUUUCCCAUUCGGUAGUUUGCCUCUUCUAGUAACAUAGGGUGCACUUUCUUCAUGUAGGCUUGUCCUGCUGAUUGUUAUGAAUCUCUAACUGGUGCACCACAUUCCUUGUUUUAUUUCUUUUACUGUCAGGCAUAGCAUUUUCUGUGAACAACCAUUUGGUAACGAUUUUCCUGAAAUUUUCUUAUGCCUAGUUUUGUAUUUGUGGCUCUCUGGUACACAAAGCGAGCAUUUACUGUAUUUGUUCCUAAAAGCAUAUGCAGUGCUAAUUUCUGAUACCACUUGAUAACCUUCCUUAUCACUGUGGCAUAUGACAAUUUGGUCACUUCCGUCAGUGCCAGGUUUUCCAUUAGUAUAUGCUAGUAUCACCAAAGGCUGUUUCGGAGGACGACCUCGAGGGUGACAUUGUAAUAGGUGCAUGUUUUGUUGAUAACAUAUUAAAAUUGUCAACAUCUCUCCCUUUUAGCACCACAAUACCAUUAUCAUAUUUUGCUAUCAUUUCAUCUAUCUUCAAUGGGUAUGACAUUACAAAACGUAGCAUAAACCUUUUGUUGUACUGUGCAGUUCCAGUGAUUUGAAUUUUGAAUUUUAGACAUUUGACUAUUAAUUCAUCACGCUUGUAAAAGUUACCAACAAAACUCUUCCUUUAUUUAGCAAUUUAUCUGUGAGUUCACUGCAAGCGUUUUCAGCUGUGCCAUCUUGCUUUCUUCCACUGGUGUCUCAUCAAGAGUAUACUUUCGCACACUGUGUAUACCCUUCACGGGGCACUGUUUGAAAAGUUUUACAGCAUACUUACGCAAUUUUGUUGGUAUGUACUGCCUGAACUUCAGUCAUUCGCUUCAAGGAACCAUGGCCUCAUCAACUACAAUAUCUUCAACUGGUGAAAAGACUUUCUCUGUCAACAUGUUUAGGAAUGGUAAAACUUUUCUAAGUCUGAUACUCUCAUCUUUAGUUUCAUUAUUUGUGAAAUGCGAGUUUGCUAACAGUAAUUCAAAACGAUUACCGAACAUCCUGCUGCAAGGAAAUGAAAAGUUGUAAAUAGGGUCCGUUGACCAACAUCUUACGAACGGUGCCUGUACUAGAUCAAUCCAAAUAAUCAGUCCUAUGAAAUUUGUAAUUUCCUCAGUCUGUUCAGUUGAUCAUAUUUAGUCAUUUUAGUUUGUGCUCUGCUUAUUUAUUAGUCUCUUUGACUAAAAGGCUUAUCACUUUGUCAUCUAAGAAUAGCAAAAGCACUUCACCUAAGCUAAUGUCACUUGUUGUUGUUGUUGUUGUUGUUGUUGUUGUUGUGGUCUUCAGUCCUGAGACUGGUUUGAUGCAUGUCACAUAGCAUAUCCAAUCAGAAGCCCAUCUUUUCCAGUGAACUUAUAUAACUAUUGCCUGUUAAUGAAUUUGUUCCAUAGAGCUCAGUUCCUCUUCUUCAUCUGCAGCAAGUUCUUCCAACAUGUCAUUGAGAUCUUCACUAGCAUAUAAUUGCUCCAAAUAAGAAUCUGAACUCGAUGAAAUUCUAUUCAUCACUAUUUAUCUAUAAUGCACUACUAUGUCAUCACUACUUUCCUCACUUUGACUCAGUCUUUUAUGCUGUCCAGGGUACUUGAAGACACAAAGGUCACUGGUGUGUGUCUCACAGUAUGCCUCUUGACUCGAUGACAAAUCUACAGUGAGAUCACAGGCAGGCCUUUGGCCAAAGCAUUUAUUGCUUCCCACAUUUUGGAACUGAGAACUUCGUUCUUUGUAAUGAAUCAAGGGCUGUGGGGCAUUAGGUCACCAGUGACUUACUGCCCUAUUUGAGUUACAUCGUUACUAUUCCCACUAAUCGCUUUGUUUACUUUCCAGCAUUCCAACAGUUGGCUUUCGGCCGUGCGCGAAACUAAACUGAAUUGCGCCAGGCAACGAAUGUGGUAAACUGGAGUUUAUGUAGGUGUAAUAUGCAGCCAGUCACUUUUUGAAUUUGAUUUGUUGUCUUGUACCAUUAAUAACAAUAAUGGAAAUUCCUGGAUGGAAAAAUACAUAAAAUAGGGGAAAGGCAACAAUUUACCUAUGAGUACUGUGGGCCAUGCUUGAGAAAUAAUGUAAUAGAAAACAUUAAACACUAACUUUCAAGCUCUUGCCCUUUUUCUAGUAGGAAUACACACAUUCACACACACCAACUUUUAAUGUGUGUACUCAUACUAGAUAAGAGCAAGUGUGUGAAAGCUAGUGUUAAGCAUUUUCUGUUACACCUAUCUGUGUGCCACAUAACAAUCCUCUGUAGAUAAGUGGUUGCCUUUCCCUUAUUCAUUUACUGUCCAGUCUUAUUUAAUUUGAAAGUACAAAUC